CGAUACAGUGUAUAGUGGACUUUGUUAACAUGACAGAUGUUCAUUCGUUCACUGAGCUCUGAUUUUGGAUAACGACACGUGUGCCUUUUACAGUGGUAAAAUAUACACUAUCGAUCUGAAAUUAUGGAGAUCCGGUUUUGUGGAUGCGAAAGAAAAGAUUGCACACGGUAACGAUAGCCUACGUGUUUUUUUGACUCUUAAUGUAGUUUCACCCCUGACAGUCUGAGUGGACCGGUACACACAUGUACAUGUGGGCAUCACCUUCCUCAGACUAGCAUGACCAGACUGCCAGGCUGUUGGUUGGGGCUGACUUCAGAAGUUUACACAGCCUACAGUUCAACUUCAACUAAUGUUAAUAUUUAAUUGUAGCUUUUAUUGUUUCGAGGUUAAAGUCAUCAUUGACAACAGGGUGUAACUUCAUCAUCGGAACUUCCAAAGAACAAAAAUACAAAUGGAUUUGAGAUCUCCAGAUGCCUUAGUUCUGCUGCUGCUGCUUCUAGUUUCACUUCAGGAUGCCAUCUCGGAUGUCACCUUCCCCAAAGACCAACGGGCGAUUGAAUUCCCGCCCCAAAUUCCUAAGCCCCGCCCUGGCUCCGCCGUGCCCACUGGUCAUCUCAGACCAUUCGGAUAUCAGAGGAAAUCAGAUGGCCCGGUCCCCGAGUACAACGUGUUCCUCCAUCCCGUCGAGUUCUACCAGAACCAUGUGAGCACGAGGAAACCGGUGGUCUUUCGCCAAUCCAUGACAGAUGCGCCGGCCCUGCAGAAAUGGACUGAUCAAUAUCUACAGGAAAAAUAUGGGGAAUUGGACGUCUUGGUUGAAGUCAAAAGGGAGAACCGAGAGAUCCGGCCAAGACGCAUGAAGUUGGCCGAAUUCUUGAAGCGUUAUCUGACUGACGAUGUGUACAUUGUGUCUUUGAUCCCACUAGAAAUGGCCCAUGAGGUCAAAGUCCCAGACAGCCUCCUGUGUGGCACCUUUAAGCGACGUCUCCUGGAGACUAACCUGUGGAUGAGCAGCGGGGGUACGGCCUCGGUCAUCCACUAUGAUGCCGAUCACAACAUUCACUGCCUACUGGCUGGACGCAAAGACUUCAUCAUGAUUGAUCCAAAGUAUUCCAAGGAGCUGGAGAUCACCGAAGAGCAUCACAUGACUGGCUCAGGCUACUCCAAGCUGGAUGUAGACAUGAUCAAUCUCUUUGAGCACCAAGACGUUGGCAAGGUUCCCUGGAGAUGGAGUACCCUAAAGCCUGGCGACUGCAUCUACAUCCCAGCAGGCUACUUGCACCAAGUCCGUUCCUACAGCCGCAGUAUCUCUGCAACCAUCCUGUUUGCCUCCGAGCCAACAUUUGACCAGUCCGACUGUGAAAAUGCGACCUUUGAGUACACUGACCUGUCCCAGGUCAGGGUCAUGUGGACCUACAAGAAAGGGGAUAAGGUGAUAGAGAUUGGCUACAUGGACACUGAAAACAUCCGCAAUGACAUGAUCUCGCUGCUGAAGGAAACGGACAAGCUGUCGGCACACCGUUUUGGCCAUUACUUCAUGGGAAUGAGUGGCAUGGAAGAGGAGGAGGUAGCCACGGAAGACGAGGACAUCCCUAUAGAAGCAUAUGAGAUUUUUGCAACAUUUGACACCGAAAGGCGGGGGUAUCUGACUCGGAAGCAGAUUGAAGAGAUCGAUGUCGAAAGGCUGAAGAAUUUUGCACGCGUCCUUGACCAACCAAGUGGACCUGUUGUGAUAGAGAUGGAGCAUGAUGAACUAUAACCUCUGACCUGAACCUUGUUCAUCACAGGUUAAUACGUACAAGCAAUAUUCACAGGCAUCGUGGGAUGGUAUGGGCAUGUGGGACACUCGGUCCCCAUUUGGAAAAGAAAAUCAUAGAAACAAAAAAGGAAAGAAGUAAAACAGAAGGAUAAAACUAAAGACUAGAAGUGCAAAGAGUGAAUUCCAUGUUUUAUUGUUGAUGGUCGGUCAUUGUGCUAUUGACCUUACAAGUCGGCCAUCUUGAAUUGAAAGUGAGGCAUCCUUUGAAAAUUUUACCAGAGUUUAAUAUGUGUGGGUACGAAGAUGGGGCAAUAUGGGAAAGUGAUAGAUUACUAUCGUUAUGCCUUGAUGGGUAAUGCCAAAUUUUGGAUAUACGUAUGUCAUCUUUUGGGCUGUAAUGAAAAAAUUAUAUUCACAGUUUGGAAACCCUGUAGUUACAGCGAAAGUGUCAGGCAAAAUUCUUCAGUGAAUCACAUGGCUCCAUGGAGCAGCAUCUGAAAUGGCCACCUCCUGAUUAAAUCACAUUGUCGAGUGUUUCCUCCCUGGCAAAAGCUUUGCCCCACCCCCUUCCUGGUGAUGCCUGUGGCAAUAUUCCAGUACUUACCGGACGAUGCCUUAAGGUCUUCUGUUGAACCAGCUCAGUACUAUGUAAAGUUGUAUUGAAUAUUUUAGUAUUUUCUCACAUGUCUUUUUAAAAUAUUAAUCUGCAGUCUGUUCUGUCAUUUAAAGAUGCAUUUCAUGUAUAUCAGGUUUGAGUAUGCAUUGUUGCUUUCACCCAAGCUAAAAUCCUCAAUGCUGAUUGGCUGGUCUAUAGCAACAGUAGUGUGGGGUUUUUCAUAUAUUGCAUGACACUUGCUUAUCUUUUAUUACAUUUUCACUAACAUUUAGGACUGAGGGCACCAGCUACAUGUUUCUGCACUGAAAAUGUUAUCUACUUGGAUUCACAUUCUCUGGUUUUGUUUCCCGACCUUUGGGAAUUUUGACAAACCGAAGCAGAGGUAUUAGAACUACAUGUUUAUCUUUGGCAAAUAGUAUUGAUUGAACAUUGUUUUGCAUACAGGACAUGUCGCUCUGAAUAUGUUACAACAGUUUCAACGAUAAGACUGUAUUUGUCAUUGUCUUUUGCAACAAAGAGCAUGGGCAGUUUUCAAGCAAUUUCAUAGAAAAAAAGGGCCUACCAUGACCGAGAUUACUGUUGUGCCUCUUGGGUUGUAGACGAAAACUGGGUUUGUGCACCUACCUGGCUGGCAGUGACAGUGACAGUUCAAACAGCAAAGCCUACCUUAUGUCAGGUGUGAUUAGUGACUGUUUGUUAACCAGCAGUCGCCUUUCAUUUGUAAUAAGUUCAUAAAAUAACUCCUUGGUACCAGGUAAUAGUAACCAGUGGGUGAUUAAUUUUCGCUGAUCAAACUGUACCCUAUGUGCAUUCACUCAUAAGGAUCAUUAUAUGCUUCUAGGAAGUCUUGAUAAGAAACAUGUUACCCUUUCUGGUGUAAAUUACAGAACGAUAUAUAAAAAUGGGGUUUUCUGGUUGAUUAAAGGCAGCUUUUUAUUCUCUUGGGGUCACUUCUAUUUCUAAUUGACACCAUUUAAAUGCUGCAUUGCAUAUAAAUGGUUUGCCUUUUGUUGUUAUUGUUUUCAUUUUUAGGGUAAUAGUUUUGUACCAUUAUUUUAUGAUUUUGUGGGCUUCAGAGGUUUGGGAUAGUUUUGUAGAAAUAAUGUAAGCUUAAGGGUGAAACAGAAUUUAAGGUGGUGGUUUCAUCGAGAUUGAUUCAUAUCCAGAAAUGUAUGAAUAAUAUACCUUUAGAGACGUAAGUUCUUUCAUUGCUCUCAUCAGCCUAUUCUUAAAAGUGCCAUUAAAUGUAUUUCUUCUGAUUGAAAGCAGCGUUUCGUCAUUAGAACUUGCUUAUGAACCAAGAUUAUCAUGCAAUGAAAUGGAAAUGAAAUGUUGAAUUUGUAAGAAAAGAGUGUUUCUGUGGAAGUUAACGUGGUGUAACAACAGAAGAACGCACGUUGUGGCGAUGCAUUCUAAAAUGUUGGCAUUUUCACCAUGAUCGGUUUUCUGUGUGGGGCAUGGCGGUUCAUUUCAGUCAGUAAUUGGGCGUGAUAAGACAUUUGAGCAAGUAAAUCUUUUGCUGAGAACCCCUCAGUGUGAAAUGUGACAUCGCAGUAACAGUGAAUAAACUCAAAGAGAAACUGUUACUAUUGAGACAAAGUUGCACCUCAAAAUGGUGUGCUAUUUUGUGUAGUUCAGAGGACUGAAUGUCUGAAUAAAUCGUCUGCUGCCUGGUAGAGGAAUAAUAUUGAGCCAGCUGUUGCAAUGUGAGCCGUAAAGGGAAAAUACCCCACAGGUCUGUCUGCCAGACACAAGACAAAAUAUGUUUUCAUGUAAAUCUUCUGUCAUGGAUAUGAUUUGAACAUGUGCAGUAUAGGAUCUGUGCCGUAACUUUCUCACAAAAGAAGCUAUUUCAGGUUGGGGUUAAUUUAGACAGAGAUUUGCUGUUGAAAAACUUGAAACGCAAUAAAUGAACAUAAAAAAUAUUUUGGCAAAUGGACUUCAUGUACAGUUCUGAGGACAGGUUUUGCACGAAAUCUUUUGCCAAAGAUGAAACAACACAUAGAAAGGUGCAAUACGGAUUGGAAAAGUAAAAGUGAAUUGUCACAAGGUGCAUUUCAAGUCGUACCUUUAAAUUCACGUCCAUUGUCUUUAUACAUUGUGAUACAGUUUGGAUUAGAACCCAACAGAAGGACUUGUACAAAGGCUACGUGAUGUCAAUACUGUUUCCCCCAUAGUAACAAGUUGCAGCGUUAAUUUUCAAGCCAGAAUUACUGAAAGAGGAUGAUUUUGAAAAUCUCGUUUCUCCUGGCCUUUUUUGAACAAGUAUUUGAAAGCUCUUAAAACUGAAAAUGGACUCAGGAUCGUGAGUUCUGUUGCUGCAGAGUUAAAAAAAUAAUAAUACUUAACAGUGUAGGAAAUAAACCGUCAUGGGUGCAGUUGGAAAACGGUCUCUGUUUGUAUAUUGAAUCAGUGUUGAAUUGCCUAUUUUAUAACAAAUGUGCAAGGCAGUUCUUUAAGCUUGAAAUAUUUAAAACAUGGGCUUCCGUCACUAUCACCAGGUAAAAUGUUGCCUUACAAGUUUAUUUUCAUGAUAUAACUUGAGCGUGUUUGUACUGUAACCCAUUCAGCACUAUCCGUGGAAGGACGAUGUGAAAUACAAGUAUUCUUUUGUUUCUUUGGCCUA